AGCGUUUCCAUGGCUCAAACAUGAUGUUCGAUGUCCGGAGGCCUCGUAGCGUCGCGGGUUGCCUCGCGUCGAAGACAUCGGCUUGCAUUGGCAAAGCAACACAGCUGGCUUAUCGCUAGUUCCAUUGUGCCGCAGAUAUGCCAGACGAUGGCAAGGCCGAAGAGAAGCCAACAGCAGUCGAUCCAAAUCUGAAGCCCAGUGAGUCCAAGGGGUCGAAAGACCAUGGCACUGGCGAGUGCAAGCCUUGCGCUUGGUAUUGGAAGCCUCAGGGCUGCCGCAAUGGAAAGGACUGUGCUCACUGCCACAUGUGCGAAAAAGAUGAGCUCAAAAAUCGGAAAAAGAGGAAAGCCGCGAGCACCAAGAAGCCGGCAAGGAGGUCGCCAAGACGUUCCAGAAGCCCCGAGCGACGUCGACCAGAUCGACCCGACAGCCACGAGCCGAACGGCCACGAGAGCUACCGCGCCUACUAUGAGCGCGCCUACGGCACACCUCCUCCGCAUCCGAAUCCUUACGCCUACUAUCCACCUCCAGAUCCCAGAUAUCCACCGCCAGGCGCAUAUGGAUACCCGCCACCAGCCUAUGGAUACUAUCCACCGGCAUAUGGGUAUCCGCCGCCAGGAUAUGGAUACCCGCCAGGAUAUGCUUAUCCACCACCGAGCUAUGAACCACCGCGUCCGACAGAUGGAAGGACGCGUGGACGAAGUCGAAGCCCAAGUCUAAGUCCAAGCGCGAGCUUGAGCCCAAGUCCAAAAAGACAUAGAGCUUCAGACAACUAAGAGUCUUUGGCUUCUGCCGCCUGUGAGCAUCCUGCUGGCGCCAGCAGAAGGUUGCCGUCUUGGGUAGCUGGCUGAGCGAAUGGGAAGCACGCGGCGGAACAGGGUCUCACCUGGUGCGCUCAUGCUGAGGAUAGAUUCAUUCAGAG